UGGAAAAACAGUGAACCGAGUGCGCUGUUUCCUGACUCCCGCGUGAAAAAAACGUAAUGCGUUUAAUGGUGCGAAACAGACUGAAUAUUCGAUAAGUUUUCGUGUAAUUUCGUUCGGAGUAAAAAUGAAAUAUUUUCGCAUUCGAUGAUUUAAUCUCAAGUUGAACGUAAUCAGCUUGUAUGAAGGUAGAAAUACGAGUGAAGCGCGUGACCUUCACUUGUUGCACCAUCGAGUAUAACUUCGGAAACGCAAUAAAUACUAGUAUCAUUUUAUCUAUAUCUUUUUCCAUUUGUUUAUUUUUAUUUUUUUUUACAGAGUUUAUUCGUAGAUAUACGAAUAGUGAUGUUAAAAUUACAUUUGUCAUACGAGAAAUAUCAACGGUGUUUAUACUUUUUUGUUUGAAUUUCGCUCCAAAAUAUGGGAGUAGAAUGUUCAGAAAACGGUGCGUGAUUGGUCCGAGAAGCGCAUGUCAAUAAUAAUGUGUUAGUUUUAAUUUUCUCAACUGCGCACAGUUCACACGUGGUCGCGUGAUGAUCAGUACACCGAUGUUCUUACUACAAUGAGGAAGCAAAGGAGUAAGCGUGGAUAUAUAACGGCAUAACGGUGUUUUUGAUGCGAGAAAGAGACACAAGUGCGUGCAUACUGAAAUCUACACGGUUUCAGUACUUUCAGUUCGUCGUCGACUGGUAGAGACUAAACCAUCUUCAGGUCUCUCGUGAUUGUUAUCAACUAUUGUCGCUGUUCUACUCUUCCUUCUGUGACUCCUGUAAUAUUGGCAAUGAUAAUGGACAGAACGCGGCUCACGUACGUGUCUGCGGCCGUUGUCGGCGCCGGAACCGUGGUCGUCUUCCUUUGGUGGUGGUGGUGGUCCAAAAAGCAAAAGGAGAAGCCACCCUCGCAAUGGCGAAAGGUCGGCGAGUUGAGCGACCUGAUCGUGUAUCCGAUCAAAUCGCUCGGCUCGGUUCGAAUGAACACGAUGGAGUGCACGAAACUUGGCCUGAAGUCUGGCUGGCUGAGGGAUCGCACGUUGAUGGUCAUCGACUUGAACGGACACUUCGUCACUGGCAGGCAGAAUCCAAAAAUGGUGCAGGUGAUACCUAAAGUUUCCGGAACUAUUCUCACGCUCUCAGCACCUGGAAUGAUAUCCUUGUCCAUCGAUUUGUCUCGAAUCCAAGGGAAAGGAUUUCGCGUAGCAGUCUGGGGUCAACCUGUAUUCACCCGUGAUUGCGGCGAGGAGGCUGCCAGAUGGUUGUCCCGAUUUCUUCUCCAGGAAGAUACCGGAUUCAGAUUGGUGUAUUAUCCAUUGGAUUAUCCAACGAGAGAGAUCAGGAAGAGCAAUAAACAAUGGUUGCUCACAACCGACGACACUGGCGCGUAUCCAGAUGCUACCAGCUACUGCUUGAUAAACGAGGCAUCGGUAACUGACCUGAACACCCGAUUAGAGAAGCCGGUCAACCCUGAACAAUUUCGUCCCAACUUCGUGAUCAAAGGUGCAUCCGCGUACGAGGAGGAUACCUGGGGCUGGGUGAAGAUCGGUGAUGUGAUCUUCAAAACUGUUAUGCCAUGCACCAGAUGUAUCUUUACCACUGUGGACCCGGAGACAGGAACAAAGAAUCCAAAAGUGGAGCCCUUGAAAACUCUGAAAAGGUUCACUGUCUUUGAACGAUAUACUCUUACGCUUUGCUUUCAUUUGUUGCGAAAUGUAACGUUCUAUCAUCUUAUGCAUUAUCCAUAUACUUACAAUUACAACGAUUUUCUACAGUUACAGACAAAUAAUGGAUCCAAUUAUUCGUCCGUUGGUCGGCGAGAGUCCAGUACUGGGAAUUCACCUUGGAUUGAGGAAUUCUAGUGGCAUCGUGCGAGUAGGGGAUCCAGUUUACGUCGGUUUGCCCGAGGAGCAACCGCUGUUGAUAUCGCCACCCUAGCUACACCGGUGGGCUUCCUGCGAGGACGAGGUUUUCGUCUUCGAGGAAGCCACGGAAUCUUCGAAGGAGGAUACUUUGUCGACGGAAUUGACGAGCAGCGAGGAUUCGUAGCAUUAUGAAAAGAAAAAAAAGAAGAAAAAAAAGAGAGAAGAGGAAAAUGAUCCAAGUGGGCCUAUCGAAGACAAUCGUUCCCGAGAAGGAAAAUUUUCUCGAUCAAAGAAUGAUGUAAUAAACGCGAUAAUGGCGUGGUAUUCAACGAUAGUACGAUAUUUCCAGGAUAGUUCAAAUAUCUUUGCCAAAUAUUCCGCUUUGACGAUGAAGCGUUUAUUAAAGACGCGUAAGACGUUUGAUAAAAUUCUCCUAUAUCGAAUAUUUUUGCUAAGUUUCGUUAAGCAAUAUCGAAUCGAAUAUCGAUGAUAUAAUGGUGUCGAUACGCGUAUUCAUUUAUAUUUGUAUUCGAUUAUGCGAGGAAUAAAAAAAGAGAAAGUGGUAGGAGAAUACACUUUUGAAAUUGAACAGGAGAGGAGGAAAGAAUAUUUAAAUUUUACGACAAUUUGUAUUUAUUUAUUUACACUACAAAAUAACAGAGACGAUUUACAAUAAAAGAAA